UUAUGUAAUUAUGGAAUUUUUAUUAAGGAGGAAGAUGCAAGAAAUAAUGACGAAGAUGAAGACGAUGAACUGAAUUCUAGUGACGACGAGUUAAAGGUUUUUCGACGUCUACAAGAUGCAAAUUUAUUUCAGAAUAUUAAAGGAGAAAGGAAGCGAAAGUUCAGAUCGGAGUUUAUUGAUGAAGAGGCUUCGCUAUCAGGAGAGGAUAUUGAUAGCGAUAAUGAAGAUGAAAAUGCAGAUUUAGAUGAAUAUGAAAAAGAGGAAGGAGAUGAGGAUGAUGUCCCUGAUGAAGAAACCUUAAAGCUUCAACUGAGCAAACAGUGGCUUAAAGAACAACAGGUUGAUGCAGAAGAUCGCAAACUUCUAUACUGGAAGGAGAAAUUAUUUGUUGAUGGAGAUCUGCACAUGGAUACUGAUCGCACUUUCCGGUUAAAACUAAGAGAUGAAGCCAAUAUGAAUGAUCAAGCCUCUUGUGAAAAUGAAACAGGUCCUGAAGAUGUCGAUGAUGAAGAAAAUGAAGAAAAUUAUGAUGCAAUGAAACGACAUAUCGAAAUGCUCAAGUGGAAACUGAAAACUGAUGUUAGUUCCGUAAAAAAGCUAGAUUAUUUUCGAUGGCAUUUUUGCUGUCCUUCAAUAUUUGCCAUUUUUUUAACAAAAAAUGAUUUCCUUAUCUCAAUCUUUCAUUCAAUUUUUUUUCGAAUACAUUUUAAAUGA